AUGGAACCAAAUCGCGUUUACGUGGGUCAUGAUCUACGGCAGGGACUUAUUCCUGGAAACAAAACUUCAAAAGCAAUGAAACAAUUUGUUAAACUGCAUAUUGACAUGUUUCCUAGAAUUGAGUCCCACUAUUGCAGAAAAGACUCCAAAAAAAUAUAUUUGGAGAGUGACCUUAAUAUGGCUCGCUUAUAUAAAUUGUACAAAGAAGAAUUCUGUCCAGAAAGAAAUAUAAAUCCUGUUUUUUUGUAUGUUUACGAGAAGAUUUUCAAAUCGUAUGACCCACCACUAGCAUUUUACAAACCAAAAAAGGAUCAGUGCACUAAAUGCAAUGUAUACAAGUCUGCUGAAGACAAAAUUAGUUUACAAAGAGACUAUGGUGAACGUAAAGCAAGAAAAAAAGAAUCUUUGGAAGCGAAGGCAUACGACAAGAAGGAAAGCAUACGAGGGCGGCACUGA